UUUUUUUUCACUUCCCUCCCAAAUUUGCUUCCAAGCGCAAAGGCAGGAAUGGCGCAGGCGGCGAGGCUGAGCCUGAGGAUGCAGAAGGAGCUGAAGCUUCUACUAUCCGACCCUCCUCCCGGCGCGUGCCUCCCGCUUCUCUCCCUCGACUCCGACCUCUCCUCCCUUUCCUCCAUCGACGCUGAUAUUGAAGGGCCUGAGGAUACUGUGUACGCUAAAGGGGUGUUCCGGAUUAAGAUUCAGAUUCCUGAACGGUACCCGUUUCAGCCGCCAAAUGUGACCUUUGCGACUCCGAUUUACCAUCCUAAUAUCGAUAGUGGGGGAAGGAUCUGCCUUGACAUUCUCAAUCUUCCUCCUAAAGGGUCGUGGCAACCUUCAUUGAACAUUUCGACUGUCUUAACAAGCAUUGGGCUGUUACUCAGUGAACCUAAUCCCGACGAUGGUCUUAUGUGUGAAGCAAGCAGGGAAUACAAAUACAACAGACAAGCUUUCGACCAGAAGGCGCGAUCAAUGACUCAGAAAUAUGCCAGGGCAGGAGCUAAUGUGAAUAAAUGCAGUGAACCGUGUAUUCAACUUGACCCGAAUCUGAGCAUGAUGGAAGGUGCACGGAUGCCGAAGGAAGUGCGAGAUGAAAACGGGGAACAGAAGUCUGUUCAAAAGAAGUUAUGGGGGAUGAGCCGGAAGCUGUCACUGGAUGCUUCUAGCUCUGUUGAAAAAAGAGAUGGCGAUAGAGAUGCAGAGAAGAGGCCUAAUCCACAUUCAUUUGGCUUUGGUUGUGAAGGAAAUUUGUCCAUUGAAGGAACAAAAGGAGAGCAGAGAGAUAAUAAAGAGACAGAUACUCGUGGAAAGUUAGAAUUAGGUCAGACCAAGCAGAAGCUGUCAAUCGAAUCUCGCAAUGAUGUCGUGUCCAAAAAUUCAAAGGGCAAUGUGAAUGAUGCUUCUGAUAUGAGAUGUGAGAAAGUGGAUUUCAGUGCCAGAGGUAGGAAGCUUUCCUUGGGACUGAAGGGCCCAUUGAAGAGAACGGAGAAGGACAAUAAAGAAAACAUCUUUCCAGUUGGGAAAUUACAGCUUCCAAGACCGGCGAACACUUUUGCUGAUUGUGGGAUAGCUAAGGAGUUCUCACUCAGCCCUCUAACUGAUCUGCAGGAGAUUGAGAGGAUCGAGAAAAAUCAGGCACCUUUCUCCGGGGAGAAGGGAUGCCAAGAUUUGUUGAAGUCGGUGGAAGUAGAUCUUCAUGGAGCAGAAGAAACGCCCACAUCAGACAUGGUGAUUGUGCUGGACAGCGAAGACAGUGAAGAUGAUGACAGUGGUUGUUCGAGGCGGAAAGGCUUGCUUGGAAGAAAGCGGCUGAAGAACUGGAACUCUAAAGCUUGAAAAGUCUGCAGUUAACUGACUUGUUGGCCACUCUUUCCACCUGAAGUUCCAUGUUGCAGGAUCAUGACUUGGAGCUGUGUUUAGUUUUUGGUGGUUCUUGCUCUAGGAUUAGUUCCGGCUAGAAGAAAGAACAUUGUAGAUAAGUACAUCAAGAAAAAAAAAAUGUAGGUAAGUAGAUGAGACUCCUCGUUAAUUCUGCUCCUGCGAGCAGGAUGCUUUAAUAUGAAUGUUGCUGUAUGUUGUAAAUCCAAUGUUGCUUUCACGAAUUCAUUUGAUCCUGUGAUUUUAUAUGAAGCCAAAUGAAGGAUAUCUACUUUUCCUGAUCU